AAUGCAGUUGAGAGUGCUCCCUUUCCAAACGCGAUUGGUGAAGAAACCAACGCGACGCACCACUGAGCUCCUUCCUCCCUUCCCACCACACCAUUUCACCGAGACACCGAGACAGCUUGUCGACGUAAAAGAUAAAUCAACCUACAUCCAGACAAAGAAUAUAAUCGAUAGGAAAUCAACAAGAAAAAGAGAAAAAAAAGAAAAGAAAAACACAAUGUCUGCAUUCCUUGCCCGCCGCAACUUCUCCGCUGCACUCGGGGCGCGAGCCUUCAGCUCGACGACCGCUCGUCCCUUGGCUAAGAUCACCAUCAUCGGCAACCUGGCCGACACGCCCGAGCUGCAAGCUACAAGCACCGGUCGGGAAGUUGUCAGGUACGCCGUCGCCAGCAACACCGGUCCCAGGGACAACCGCACCACCAGCUGGUUCAACGUCACCAGCUUCCAGCCCGAGGGCCCCGCUCGCGACUAUCUGCAGAGCCUGCCCAAGGGCACUACUAUCUACCUCGAGGGCGAUGCAUCCAUGAAAACAUACACUGACGCCGAAGGCAAGACCAAGAGGUCGUUGAGCAUUGUUCAGCGCACCAUUGAGGUCCUCAAGCGCCCCACUGAGCCUUCCUCGUAAAAUAUUGACGAGAGGAGCUAUGAAAACAAGCCAUGAGAUUCAACCUUGGGAUCAGUAUUAAUCGCCACUCUAGACGAGACCGUUUUAUUUAUCUUGGAGCAAACUGUAUGUUUUAAAGGAGGAGGCGGUCUUUGAUGUAUGAUAACAUUUACUUUUGUGGUCGUUUGUACAAGGGGAGGCUUAGCAAGCUACUUGUACUAGAUGCCAUGUUUAUACCCCACCACUUUAUAUUUUAUUUUUUUUCACUAUACAUCUAUCUGUUCAUAUUUUGAAAAGCAUGUUCAG